AUGGCUGCCCCUAAAGCUCGCCGCAACACCACCAUAAUAGCGACGCUGCUGUAUUUCAUCUCUAUACCGUUUCUUAUCCUCACCCUCAUCGGCAACACGCAUGACAAACCAGUUCUGCGCGACACUUACUUCUUCCAGCUGGACGUGGCACAGAUUAUUCCCAUCGCUGUAGCAAACUCGGGGUUACUGAAUUCUGUAGCCCGCAGCUUGGGUCUGCAUGAUUUCUACCAGGUUGGCGUGUGGAAUUUCUGCGAGGGAUACAAUGAUGUCGGCAUCACAUAUUGCAGCAAGCCCCAAACGUUCUACUGGUUCGACCCAGUCACAAUUCUCGUCAGCGAACUCUUAGCAGGCGCAAAGAUUGCCCUGCCCUCCGAAGUGCUCACCAUUUUGAAACUGCUCGAAAUCGGCUCAAAAGUCAUGUACGCCUUCUUCAUGGCCGGCACCAUCAUCAACCUCCUCUUAUUGCUGGGCACGCCGCUCGUUCUGCGCACGCGGUGGUUCUCGCUAUUCUUCUCCUUGCUCGGCGGUCUAUCUGGCCUUGUUCUCACCGUCGCCGCCAUCAUCGCCACUGUCAUCAGCGUCGCCGCCAAGAUUGCCCUCACGGCCCAGGACCAACUCAAUAUCAGGGCCAACAUUGGUGUCCAGAUGUUUGCGUUCAUGUGGAUUGGUGCCCUGACCACUGACUUUGCAUUCCUCCUCCACUCCGCCAUGGGGUGCUGCUGUAAACCUGUGCGGAAUAAGACGCCUAGCGAGGGCACGCCCGAGGGGAGCACUAAGAAGAGGAUUUCGGAUUUGCCUAGUUUUGUGAGACGGCGAAAGGGACCGCAGUCUCAAUGA